AUGGAAGUUGACUUGUUGCGACCGGGGACCGUGCCUAUAUCCCCAGAUACUUUUUUAGGAUUUGAAUUUUUAUUAGAUAAAGACUUACUUAUAAGACAUUUACAAAAGGCAAAUGCAGAUCCUUCUCCUACAGAUUUGAUAACAAAGUUUUAUGAUGCCAUUGUAAUGACUUUAAAAAAUAAAGCAGAGCCGGAGAAUAUUGAAACUGCCGAAGGAAACAAUGAAGUUACAGUUAAACAUCCUAUAAAGAAUAUUGCAAUGAAGAUAUUGUCUUUAAAGAUAGCCGCUUUUUUAAACUGGAAUUUAGCUCAAAUAAGAUCGUUACCAUUUAAAACUCAAAUUAGUUUACUACAGGAUCUUAUGUAUUUUACUAGCGAGGAAAAGACCAUCAUGGAAAUUCCAAAUAUUGAGCAAGCUGAUACUAAAACUGCCUCUCCCCAAUUUUUAUUUGCUCUUUUGUUAUUUCAUAGGUGGUUGCUGAAUACUUCAAUGCAUAGGGUAACUUCAAGUUGGCAACAAAGAUAUGGAAUGACCGAAAUGUCACCAGCUGAUGAAAAUAUUAUAUGUUGUCCAGAUAACAUCAAAAAAACAGUUACAUUCCUUACAGAUGCAUUACAAUGGGAAGAAAUUCCUCUAAUGUUAACAUAUGAUUGUUUCAAUAUGCCUACAGAAACUAAUGAGGCUCUUCAAUUUGAAUGGACUAAAGGCAAAAAAGUAUCUAGAGACGAAUUUUGUGCACAAAUUUGCUUUGAUUUGGCCACUUUUUUCUUUUAUCGUGAAGAGUAUGAUUUUGCUAAACAGCAAUUUGCCCAGUGUUUAAAUUUUUUCAAUUCUAUUAUUGGACAGAAUGGCUUUGCAACUAUUGAUACAGAUUUAUUAAAUAUGUACAUGAGAGCAUGUGAUUCUACUGCUGAUUUACAAAACAAAUCUUUAACAGAACAGUUAAAUAACUCUAUUGUUAACCAGUUUGUGGGUCUAACAGCUAUCCUGCAAAAAGAUAAUGUUAAAAAAGAGAUAUCUCUAGUGCAUAGACUGAACCUAGAAUUGGAUGUUCAAGGAGCUCUCUCUAGUGGUGUCUUCACAGUAGCAAGGGAUUUGUUAUAUAAAGUAAAGGCUUUAAAUCAUAUCCGAUGUGUGUUAGAAAAGAAGUUGUUAAAUGAAUUUGCUUUAAGUCACUCCAGAAAUAUUGACAACCUAAUUUUUGGUUUGCAUUGGAAUUGGAAUAUAUGGAAAGAGGAGGAUAAAAAAUUGUUAAAAAACUACCUUUUCCAGCUGAUUAUAAAGGAGGAGGUUCCUAAUCUAUAUAAUAGAAUAAACUAUCAUGGUACAUUAACAAAUAUGUUUAGUAAAGCUGAAAUAAUGUACAUUAAAAAAGAGGGAAAUGUAAAUAUUUCUGAAAGCCUUCUUAAGACUGAAACUAGUUUUACAGAUUCUACUAAAAAAAAAAAACCACAAAUGGAAAUGAGACAGUUGGAAAGACAGCUUAUAAUUACAUAUGAUUGGAAGGAAAUUAAAGACUUAAUAACUAAGAUUGCCAUGAUGAACUUUAAUACUCCUAUUUGGGAAGUUAACCCUCAAUGGAAAUUACCCAUCCCAUUAGAAAGUGUAAUCAAAGGGCUUCCUAGAGGAUUUUUGCAAGACUAUUCGUAUGUGUUACUGGCAAAAUCUAAAGAACAGUUUCUUAACAAGAAUUGGAACAUGGCCCUUGAACUACUUAUAGUUUUAGAUAAAGAAUUACAAGCUGCUUCUUCCAACAUUUCUAAGUUAUAUAAAAUGGUCAAUUGGGAAGUACUGGUUAUACAAAUUACUCAGUUAAUUGAGGACUGGCCAAAUAGUAUUGCUGAUAGGCAUGCUUUGGGUAAUGCAUGUGAGGUAUGCUUUCAAACAAAUGAUACAGUCUUACCCCGUACAGAGGUUAUAGAAACCUGUGCUAUCUGUCUUCUGAAUUUGCGACGCUGGGAGUUCCUUUUAGGACAGGAAAAAAAAUGGGCAAUGUUUGAAAUCACUUCGGCUAUAGCCUUGGCUUGUCACGAAAUAGUUCAAAACAAGGGUACUAAGAAAUUUUCAAAAAAUUUAUGGGAUCUUGUAUUGCCGAUUUUUUCUCCAAACUCUUCUCAAUCCAAAAGAGGAAAUUCAAAUUAUAAUGAUAAUAAUUCCAUGAAAAAUAACUUGAUGUCAAUAUUUUUACGCCUGAAAGACACUUGGUGCCUAACAGUGGUGAUAUCUUUGCUUACAAAACUCUACAAUAUUUUUAAAGAUGAAACCAAUCUGGAAUUACAAGUGGAAUAUAUGAACUUGUGGCCUAAUACAGUGAGCAAUGCUAGUUCUUAUAAUAUAAAUGCUACAUCAGAAAUACUGUCUGAAAUAUUGACCCACGCACUGAAAGAAUACCCAUCUAAUAUUUCUUGGUUAAGAUUAAUGGGAGAUGUGAAUUUUGCAAAUGGAAAUUACAAGAUUUCAAUGUCGUUCUAUUUAAAAUCGUUGAUCAUAUGCAAUGAUUAUUUCAAUCUCCCUAUUCGGUAUGACGAUCAUGUUACUAGAAGAAUGAUCAAAUGUUGCCAGGCUCUAGGAUGUUACACCCAAGCAGCUGUUUUAUGCCAGUUUUUGGAAGAUCCAGAUUAUGCCCUGGCGUUCCGUAUACUAGGCGAUCAAAAGCUCUGUAAUGAUGCAGUCGAUGCUUAUUAUCACUGUUUCUGGGAUAUAAAUAUUCUAGAGUUCCUAAUUCAUAUUCAUAAUAGACGCGGAGAGUUUCAGAGAAGAAAAUGCGCUACACAAGUUAUGGGAAUGUUGGAAUUAAACUCUAAUAACAACGAGGAAAUUCAAAGGGAAGCCAGUAAUUUAAGAAAAAGUGUAUUUUUAAGGGCUCUUUGCAAACAAUAUGUAUUUUAAAUGUAUUUUUUUAUUUUAACUAAAUAUAUUUUUUUUAUUUACUAAACUAAAUGAUAAAUCAUAUAUAUGUAUUUCUUAUU